AUGUUUGCAGUAAACACUACGUCUGGUGCUAUUUCGCCUACUAGAGGCGACAAUAUAGACGCCCGCGACGUUAUGCGAAGAUUUGAGCAUGUGCUGACUGAGUCAAUGGUCUCUCCUCGUACUGGAACCGCGCGUGUCUCGAGAGAUCCCCCCAUUAGUGUUGCUACGAUGCCUUUGAGUGCAGCAAGUGCUACAGUACUUCAUCCAUCACCUAGAGCUGUUCAUCACUCAUCACUUGCUUUUGCAGACGUACCGUCUGUGGAUUUGACUGUUUUUUCGCCUCGUAGACGCGCUUAUAAACACACACGAAAUGCGCGGGACUUUGUCAGUGUUUGUGUGGAUGUAGGAGAGGAUGAAGAAGGCAAAAAAGAAGAAGAAGGUGAUGGAGAGGUUGAUAUAUUACGUCCUGACGACAGGAAAGGGGAUGUAAUGAGUGAAGAAGGUUUUUUGUCAUCAGGACGUGGUCAAGUCAAGAAGAUGGUAGUGACAAAGGAGCUAGAGGAUAAGGAAGAAGAACUUCCGGACGAUAGUGAAGGCUGCUUGAUUUGUAUGGAUGAAUUCUCGGCACGACGCAAAGCUUACCCACUACCGUGCACCGGUCAGUGCACAGGUGCAUUUGUACACUACCGAUGCAUCAUGGCAUGGUUGGGCCAGUCGGGUAGCUGCCCGCUGUGUCGAGGUGCUUGCGAUCCAUUGGUUUUGCAGCCUAUGCAGAAGCUAGAACUGCAGGAUAUGACCAAGAUGGCAUUACAACCUGUGCCCCUGGAUGCAGGAAUCAUUCGAUGCUAUGUGAAACAGGUAUAUCGCGGAAUGUUUAAGCAAUACGGCUACGAAUUGUAUCUACAAGGCCAGAUCGGCACCCAGGAAGAGGACAAGUUUCUGCUGGCUGCAAGACGUCAGGUGCGAUCGAAUAUGACAGCCAACUACACAAUCUGCACGGACAAAGAGUGCACAGAUGCCAAGCGUAUUGGGCGCAUGGGCUCCAAUUUCCUCGGUACGUGUUUCACACUCUACGACAAUGGCCGGGAUCCACAGAAGCUGGCCAAGAUUCAGGAUGCCGUAAGCUCGAACAACGUUGUUGUGCAGAACGUGUUUCAGAUUCGUGAAGAGCUGGGCUGCGUAACGUACGAGCCGAACCGUACAAGCGUGGGUCCGCGAAAAAUGCGUGUGGUAAUUCCUGACGUAGACGAGGAAGGUGGUUCAUCCAAAAUCGUGCGGCCCAUGAGCCGCCAAGACCGUCUCGUUACUCGUCUUUCGACUGGUGACAUGAAAGACUUGAUGCGCUUUUCAAAUCGUGAGCCUGUUUUCCGUGAGGACCUGGGUGCUUACUGUUUGGAUUUUGGUGGACGGGUGUCUAUGGCAUCUGUUAAGAACUUUCAGCUGAUUAGCAGUGAGGACCCAUCAAUGGGCAACAUUUUACAGUUUGGUCGUGUGGCCGAUGACAUGUUUACGAUGGAUUUCCAGUGGCCACUCUCUCCGUUUCAAGCUUUUUCCAUUUGCCUCAGUAGUUGCGAUACAAAGCUUGCUUGUGUCUAA